GUUAGGUCAGUCACGCGGUGAUUUCGUAGCCUGUCGAAGCACGCCGGUAACACGACAUGGAUAGUAGCAAAGGAAGUUCGAAGGAAGGUGGUGAGUUUUCAGACUCCGGAGAGCUUCAUGAUUCAAAGUGUGAAAAUCCUAAACUAAGUGCUUUGCAUGAAUACCACCUUCUACCUGCUCCGGUUAAACGGCGGGUUCGGGCACUUAAAAAACUGCAGUAUGAAACCCUGAAAAUCGAUGCCGACUUCUAUAAAGAGCUUUUUGCACUGGAAGCUAAGUAUGAUGUACAGCACCAGCAAAUAUUCUCGAAACGGCGAGAUAUUGUUUCAGGUGACAUCGAACCCGCGGACGAGGAUUGCGAUUGGCCUACCGACGAUGACGAUUUAUGCUUAGACAAUUUAUCAGAAAAAUUAAAAAGCACAGCCAAUGUCACCAAAGAUAUUAAUAAUAGCAAUAAAGAUUCCCUGAGCGAAGUUAAAGGUGUACCAGACUUCUGGCUGAAAACUCUGGAAAACAUAUCGUUAUUUGAGGAAAUGGUACAAGAUCAUGAUCGUGAUAUUCUCAAGCACUUAACAGACCUCAAAUGUGUCCUAAAUACCGGCGAAGAGUCAGGAUUUACAUUGGAAUUUUACUUCUCACCAAAUAAAUACUUCACUAAUAGCGUAUUGACUAAAAGAUAUUAUUUCAACUACGACAUACCUAAUGAAGAUCCUUUUGGAUACGAAGGGCCGGAAAUUGUUCGCGCUAAAGGUUGUGUUAUUAACUGGAAUCCAGGAAAAAAUGUAACUGUAAAACUUGUUAAGAAGGUUCAAAAACGCAAAAGUGGAGGUGCUAAAAGAACGGUAACAAAAAGUGUUCGGGAAGACUCUUUUUUCAAUUUCUUCGAUCCUCCUGCAGAAACUCUUUCCGAUGACUUGGAUGAAGAUACCGAAAUGCUUUUAGAGUCUGACUUCAAGCUUGGUCAGUUUUUAAGGGAAAGUGUUAUUCCGAAAGCUGUACUCUACUUCACUGGUGAGGCAGUUGAUUCCGAGUUUGAUGAUGAUGAUGAGGACGAUGAUGAUGAUGACGACUUAGAUGAUGAAGAUUUAAGUGAUGAAGAUGAAGACGAUAAGGAUGAAGAACAUGAAAAAGAGAACUCUCAUCUACAUUCAUGUCGCGGACGGCAUCAUCGUGCCCCAAAUCGACCGAAAUCUAAUCAAAACACUGGAGAAAAACAAGAAUGCCCACAACAAUAGAUCUCUUGCUAUGCUUGUCAAUGUGACCUGAUGUAUCCUUACAUACUUAUUAAGCAUACGUGUACUUCAAUGCAUUUUAAGCCUUUUUUGUGAUCGCACAUUUACAGAAUAAACUAUCC